CAAUGAAAUCUGCCCACCGGUGAGAGGUGCUGGUGGGCGGAUUCAUUUUUUCCAACUUUGUAGAGAGUCUGGUCAGCUCAUGGCUGUAGCUUAUAUUUAAGAUGUGAGCGAGGUAUUGAUCUUUAAUCGAAAUCUCAACAAGAAAAGCAAAUAAUGGUAUUUCCCAAAAUGUCAAACUAUCUCUUUAAUAUUUAACUUGCAGCACCCUGAACAGCAACCUCAUUGUGUGAAUUAAAGUAUCCAGCAAUCUCCCUGCCUCUCUCUCUCUCUCUCUCUCUCUCUCUCUCUCUCUCUCUCUCCUGUUAAACAAGGUGUUUGCUAUCAACCAGCUCCACUAGUGACUCCAGCUGAGGAAUGAGUCCAUGUUUGCUCUCCUCGAUAUUCCUCCCUCCCCAUCGACCUGUGCCAAGAAGGCAGCAGUAAUAGGUGGUCCAAAAGAACAUCUGAAACAACACCAUGAACUGGGCCUUCCUCGAGGGCCUCCUCAGCGGGGUGAACAAAUACUCCACGGCGUUCGGCCGCAUCUGGCUCGCCAUCGUCUUCAUCUUCCGGCUCAUGGUCUUCCUGGUGGCCUGCGAGAAGGUCUGGGGUGACGAGCAGAAGGACUUCGACUGCAACACCCGGCAGCCCGGUUGUCACAACGUCUGCUACGACCACUACUACCCCAUCUCCUACACGCGCCUCUGGGCCCUGCAGCUGAUCUUUGUCACCUGCCCGUCCCUCCUUGUGACGCUCCACGUCUCCUACCGAGAGGAGCGCGAGCGCAAGCACCGGCUGAAGCACGGGGAGGACUGUGUCCCUCUGUAUGGCCACACAGGGAAGAAGCGAGGGGGCCUGUGGUGGACCUACUUCUUCAGCCUGCUGUUUAAGAUAUUGGUGGACGGCGUGUUUGUCUUCCUGCUGUUCUACAUCUACGAGGCCACGUUCUUCCCGCCGCUGGUGAAAUGCAACGAGGAGCCGUGUCCCAAUGUGGUGGACUGCUACAUCGCCCGGCCCACGGAGAAGAAAAUAUUCACCAUCUUCAUGGUGGUGACCAGCUUCGUGUGCAUCCUCCUCACGCUUAUCGAGAUCUUCUACCUGUGCGGGAAGAGGUUCUGGGAGUGCUGCCAAGGAGAACGUCGCUCGGUGAGGGAGAACUCCUUCAUGAUGGUCAGAACUCCUCUGACCGGGAAGGAGAACUCUGCGUUCAAGGAGCCGCUCCCGGAGAAGACGGUGGACAACGAGAGCUCAGCCCCAGCGUACAGCAUAGCAGUCUCCUGAGAGACAUGUUGGGGGAAUAUAGAACUAUGUUUGGUAGCUUUUGUACUGUUGGCCACAUUUAUCAGCAAAAUGUCCGUGGUUUUGAAGAAAAUGUUUUUAUAAAGGUCAUGUCCUAUUUUCUGUUUCUUCUUUUCUUCAUCAAAAUGGUGUAAUGUGUUUGUCCCAUAAUGCGGUUGGCUUUUUAAAGGCUUCUGAUCUAAAAUAACUGAUAAAUUAAAGGGGAUUUACUGUCAUUUGACUAUUUCUAAGAAUAUAUUUGUUACUUGAGAUUAUUUUGUUAUCUGUAAAACUG